GUGGAAAAGGAACAAAGGGAAAACGGGAAUUUAUGGGUCUGGCCAAGGCCCUACUGUCGACCACACAUUAGGAACAGCUGAAGGCUAUUACGUGUACCUGGAUACGAGAACUGGAAGAAGAGGCGAGACAGGAAAAUUAAGUAUAAUGAUCACCAACCCCAGUAGUACGACGACCACCAAGUGCCUGUCGUUUUGGUUUUACAUGAGAGGGUCGUAUGUAAACAAGCUCGAAAUAUUCAUCCGAGAAGCAGGAGGUAAAUUGACUCAGAUCUGGCAGAGAGUGCGUGGACUUGACGACCAAUGGUAUCAUGGACACGUGAAUAUUAUGCAGACUGGAUCCUACCAGCUCGUAUUUGUGGGCUAUAGAGGGUCUACAGUGUCGAGUGUCAUUGCUUUGGAUGAUAUCUCUAUACUUGAAGGAGGGUGUCCUGUCGAUCCAAACACAUGUGAUUUUGAAGACAAAGAUUUGUGUGGGUUUAUUGCGGACAAUUCAACUGGAAGACAAUGGCUUCAAACGAAAGGGGGCGAUACUAAUAACCCAACUGCCCCUACCGCUGAUCACACGUACGAGACUGGGAAAGGUGACGUGAUACCAUUAAUGUCAAAGAUAGAUAAUAUAG